AUGGCUCCUUCGGCUACCUUCAUCGACGUUGAACCACCUACUGUUAUUGGUCCGGCAACCAAGAAGGCCACAAGGCCUUCUUCCGACCUGCCGCAAUCCCUGAUCCAGGGAGCAAAGAUCGCCAAGAGGGAGUCGUUUGAUCCUGCGAAACACUUGAACUACCAACCCCCAAGGUCCAUCUAUACUAUGGAGCAAAUUGGGUUGAAGGGACACGGCAUCUCACCCCACGCGGCCACAGAGCCAUUCCCGCUGUUUACCGAAGAAGCCAUCGCCCAAAUGAGGGCAGAGAUCUUCGACGAGAAGGUGCUUGCUGAGUGUCAAUACUCCUCAACCUUCAACAAGCAUAUGGUUCGGGGAAUGGGCCCAGCUCGUGCCCCUUUCACAUACGACGCCUGGAAAUCCCCAGAAGUCCUGGCAAGAAUCUCCGAGGUAGCUGGCAUAGACCUCGUUCCGUCAAUUGACUUUGAAAUUGCCAACAUCAACAUUUCUAUUCGGGACGAGAACGCGAACACGGAACGCACUGUCGAUCUUAUUUCCUCGGACAAUGAACUCCCGGCUGUCGCCUGGCAUUAUGACAGUUUCCCAUUUGUGUGUGUGACGAUGCUUUCCGAUUGCACUGACAUGGUCGGUGGAGAGACGGCGCUUAGGAUGCCUAGUGGGGAGAUUAUGAAAGUUCGUGGACCGGCUAUGGGAACUGCCGUGGUCAUGCAAGGAAGAUACAUUGAACACCAGGCUCUCAAGGCGCUUGGUGGCCGCGAGCGCAUCAGUAUGGUCACUUGCUUCCGACCAAAGUCGCCUCUGGUUAAAGACGAGACUGUCCUCGUCGGAGUGCGCGGUAUCAGUGACAUCAAUGAGCUUUAUACUCAGUACACUGAGUACCGUCUGGAAAUCCUGGAGGAGCGUAUUCGUCAUCAACAGAAGAAAGAGCGGGAGCGAGUCGUAGCCAAGAGGCCAUUCAACAUUCCCGAGAUGAAACGCUUCCUUACGAACCAGAAGUUGUUCAUUGAGUCGAUGUUGACGGAAAUCCAGGAGGUUGAAUAGGUGCCUAC